AUGGCUGAGAUGGUGAAUUGCCUGUACUCAGCCAAGAAGGAGAUACACAUAGAGUAUAUUGAGUUGGCUGCUCUCCCUCCUAUCAAUCAAAUUGCAAACAAGAUGAUGAAGCACAUCACAUUUGAGCAUGUGACUGCUAUGUCAAUAAUUAAUAAUGAUGAGAGGAAACUGAUGUGGUGCACUUUACUGGAAGUGGGGUGGAGCAAAGUCUGCCGAAUGUGGCGGCACCAUCAAGAUGAGCCUACUGGUCGUAUCCUGUCUCCGGGCUACCCAGCUCCGUAUGAGCACAACCUGCACUGCAUUUGGACCAUCGAGGCCGCCCCUGGAAGCACUAUUAGUCUACAUUUUCUGGUUUUCCAUACGGAGGAGAUCCAUGAUGUGCUUCGGAUCUGGGAUGGACCUCAGGAUGGCGGCGUCCUGCUGAGGGAGCUGAGCGGCUCGGUAGUUCCCCCGGACGCACACAGCACGUUCAACACCGUCAGCCUGCAGUUUACCACAGACUUCUUCACUAGCAAGCAGGGCUUCGCGCUGCAGUUCUCUGUCUCUACUGCAACCUCCUGCAAUGACCCAGGCAUGCCCACUAAUGGGACCCGAAGUGGGGACAGCAGGGAGCCAGGGGACCAUGUGGUUUUCCAGUGUGAUCCUGGUUACAUCCUGCAGGGGGCCAACAAGAUCACCUGCACUGAGAUCAACGGCCGCUUCUUCUGGCAGCCAGAUCCUCCUACUUGCACAGCUCCAUGUGGAGGAAACCUGACUGGUCCAAGUGGGCUGAUUCUGUCUCCGGACUAUCCUGAACCUUACCCCCAUGGGAGGGAGUGUGACUGGAAGGUGACAGUCACACAGGACUACGUCAUCGCUCUGAGCUUCAAUCAGUUCAGCUUGGAGCCAAGUUAUGACUUUUUACACAUUUACGAUGGACCGGACUCCCUCAGCCCCUUGCUGGGAAGUUUCUACGGUACUGAUGUUCCAGAUCGUAUUGAAAGCAGCUCCAACACACUAUUUCUGGCUUUCCGGAGCGAUGCCUCCCUCAGCAGCAAUGGCUUUGUGCUUCAGUACACAGAGAACCCCAGGGAGUCUUGCUUCGAGCCGGGCCUUGUACGCAAUGGGACGCGGGUGGGUACCGACCUCAAGCUGGGCUCCAUCGUCGUCUACCACUGCGACAGCGGCUACACACUAGAGGGAGACGCAACCUUAACGUGCAUCAUGGGGGGAGACGGCAAGCCAAGCUGGAACAAACCCAAACCCAUCUGCAUUGCUCCAUGUGGUGGACAGUACUCAGGUCUGGAAGGAGUGGUCCUGUCUCCUGGUUACCCUGGCAACUACAGCACUGCAAAGACCUGUCUAUACUCCGUGGUUGUGCCCAAGGAUUAUGUGGUCUUCAGCCAGUUUGCCUUCUUCCAGACAGCUCUGAAUGACAUUGUGGAGGUUUAUGAUGGAGCAACGCAGCACUCCCGUGUUCUGAGCUCCCUCUCUGGUGCACACACAGGCGAAUCGUUGCCCUUAGCAACAUCCAACCAAAUCCUGAUCCGUUUCACCUCCAAAGGCCAGUCCAGCUCCAGAGGAUUCCACCUGGUCUACCAGGCCGUGCCACGGACCAGUGCCACCCAGUGCAGCUCGGUACCUGAACCUCGAAACGGCCGCCGCAUGGGGAACAACUUUGCUGUGGGGGCCGUGAUCCGCUUUGAGUGCAGUCCAGGUUAUGUACUGGAGGGAUCGAGUGCCAUUGAAUGCCUGACAGUUCCCAAUGCCCUGGCGCAGUGGAACAGCUCCAUACCAAGCUGCAUAGUCCCAUGUGGAGGGAACCUGACCUCUCGGACCGGGACCAUCUUGUCUCCUGGGUUUCCUGAGCCUUACCUCAACAGUCUGAACUGUGUUUGGAAGAUCACUGUUCCUGAAGGAUCAGGAAUCCAGAUUCAGGUAAUCAGCUUUGUCACAGAGCAGAACUGGGACUCGCUAGAAGUGUUCGAUGGAGGUGACAAUACUGACACCAUGCUUGGCAGCUUCUCAGGCACCACGGUUCCAGCUCUCCUCAACAGCACUUCCAAUCAACUCUACCUCCAUUUUUUCUCCGACAUCAGUGUGUCCGCAGCCGGAUUCAGGCUUGAAUACAAAACGGUGUCUCUGACAAACUGUCCAGAGCCUGUGGUCCCUAUGAAUGGCAUCAAGGUUGGGGAGCGGCUUCAGAUGAAUAAUGUGGUGUCUUUUCAGUGUGAACCUGGAUAUACUCUACAGGGCAACUCGCAUAUCACCUGUAUGCCUGGAACUGUCCGACGAUGGAACUAUCCGCCUCCGCUCUGUAUAGCUCAAUGUGGUGGAAUCCGGGAAGAGAUGGAGGGCAUGAUUCUCAGCCCUGGUUUCCCUGGCAACUACCCUAGUAACAGUGAUUGCACCUGGAGAAUCUACCUGCCAGUUGGUUAUGGCGCCCAUAUUCAGUUUCUCAACUUCUCUACAGAAGCUAACCAUGAUUUCCUUGAAAUACGUAACGGACCACUUGAUACGAGCGCUGUGAUUGGCCGAUUCAGUGGACAGGACAUUCCCACCUCCCUUCUCACUACUUCCCAUGAGACAACUGUUUAUUUCCAUAGCGACCAUUCGCAGAACAAACCAGGAUUUAGGUUUGAGUACCAGGCGUAUGAGCUACAGGAAUGCCCAGAUCCAGAGCCCUUCCGCUACGGAGUCGUGGUUGGCGCUGGGUACAACGUGGGUCAGUCUAUUUCCUUCGAGUGUCUGCCUGGAUAUCAGCUAAUGGGUCACUCUAUCCUCACCUGUGAGCACGGCACCACUCGCAACUGGGACCACCCCUUCCCCCGCUGUGGAGUGCCAUGUGGUGGGAACAUCACAUCUGACAAUGGUACCGUCUUCUCUCCGGGUUAUCCAGAGGAGUACCCCAGCUCAGCUGACUGCUCCUGGCUCAUCACCGUGCCUCCUGGCUUUGGCAUCAAACUCAAUUUCACCCUGCUUCAGGUUCAUGGGCCACAUGACUUCAUCACUGUCUGGGAUGGUCCCCAGGAAACAGCCAGGAAACUGGGCAUAUUUACUGACGGAGAACCCAACGAACCUCCCAGCAGCACAUCCAACCAGGUUCUGAUACGAUUCCGCAGCAACACAGAGAAAGGCGGACUGUUCCGUAUCAGCUACCAAGCUUACAGGCUGCAGUUCUGCCUGCCUCCUCCCAUCAUCCCUAACGCAGAGAUCCUGAUGGCGAGCAAAGAGUUUAAAAUCGGUGACAUAGUGCGAUACAGAUGUCUUCCGGGCUACCAGUUAAGCGGAAACAGCAUAGUGACCUGCCGGCUGGGAACACAUUUGGAGUUUGAGGGGCCUCCACCUUCUUGCGAUGUGACAUGUCCGAUGAAUGAGGUCCUGACGGCGUCCACGGGCGUCAUCAUGAGCCAGUCUCCGGGCAGCAGCUUCCCCCACUUCGAGUCCUGCUCCUGGGUAGUCAAAGUCGAACCAGGCUACAACAUCACCUUCACCAUCGAGCACUUCCAGACCAGCCGUCAGUUCGACGAGCUGGAGAUCUUCGACGGCCCAUCCAGACAGAGUCCACUGCUCAUCACCCUGAGUGGAAACUACUCCAGCCCACUGAGCAUCACCAGCUCCAAUAACAAAGUCUACCUACACUGGUCCUUCGAUCACACUACCAGCCAUAAAGGCUUCCGCAUACGCUACUCAGCGGCUUACUGUAGCCCUCCAACCAAUCCUGUAAAUGGCACCGUGCACAGCCUGACAGGCACUAAACUGGGCAGCACCCUGCGUUUCAGUUGCGAUCAAGGCUUCCGGCUCAUUGGCCAGAGCAGCGCCACCUGUACUCGGACCGCACAGGGGGUCUACCAGUGGAACGCACCGGUGCCGCUUUGUCAAGUCAUGUCCUGCGGAAUGCCAGUGCCUCCAGUCAACGGCAGCAUUGUCGGACAGGACUUCUCUUUAGGCGCCAGGGCAACAUACCAGUGUAAUCCCGGUUUUCGGCUUUCUGGACCUGUCACUACUUCUGUGAUCUGUCAGGAAACUGGAAGGUGGAGCCCCAUUGAAGCCCCACCCAGAUGCAUCCCGGUGACCUGCCCUGAUAUUGGCCACUCCGCUGUUGAACAUGGGAGAUGGAGGCUGAUCUAUGGAACCCAAAACCAGUACGAUGCCAUUAUGAUGCUUAUAUGUGACCCCGGAUAUUACUACAGGGGUCAAAGGGUCAUCCGUUGCCAGUCCAACAGCUCCUGGAACUACCCCGAUCCACGUCCAGUCUGUGAGAUUAUCUCCUGCGGGGAUCUUGGGACUCCACCAAAUGGCAACAAGAUUGGAACCCUGACGGUGUAUGGAGCCACAGCUAUUUUCUCUUGCAACACCGGAUAUACUUUAGUGGGUUCUCGGGUGCGUGAAUGUAUGUCCAACGGGCUUUGGAGCGGAACACAAGUCCAGUGUCUAGCGGGUCAUUGUGGCACCCCCGAGCCUAUAGUGAACGGUCAGAUCAUCGGGGAGAACUACAACUAUCGAGGUAGCGUCGUGUACCAGUGCAACCCAGGAUUUCGGCUCAUUGGGGUCUCGGUGCGGAUAUGUGAACAGGAUCACCGUUGGUCCGGACGUACUCCUGUCUGUGUCCCCAUCACAUGUGGUCAUCCGGGAAACCCUACCUUUGGGGUGACGCAGGGGACCCAGUUUAACCUGAACGAUAUUGUGCGCUUCGUCUGCAAUACUGGAUACGUUCUACAAGGGGCUGUGAAAUCUAUCUGCCAGGCCAAUGGGCAAUGGAACAAUGCACUGCCCAGGUGUAAAAUUGUGAACUGCACAGAGCCAGGCCAUGUUGAGAACAGCAUCAAGCAGGUACUGCCCAGUGGGCCGCAUCGGUACAGCUUCCAGACCACUGUGUCGUAUAGCUGUAACCCAGGCUACUACCUGCUGGGUACCAGCUCUAUCUCCUGCCAGGGAGACGGAACCUGGGACCGAUCUCUGCCCAAGUGCCUGCUGGUGCUGUGUGACAGGCCCAGUAUGCCACCCUACGCUCAGAUCUCAGGCGACCGCCGGACCGUGGGCUCCGUGAUCCGCUACAGCUGCAUGGGCCAGCGUGGUAUCAUCGGCAAUACGACGCGCAUGUGCCAGCUGGAUGGCCAGUGGAGCGGCUCACCACCACACUGCUCUGGCGACUCUGCAGGGCUUUGUGGUGAUCCGGGUGUUCCUGUACAUGGUAUCCGUCUGGGGGAAGAGUUUACAGUGGGCAGUGUGGUCCGCUUCAGCUGUGAGCCUGGAUAUGUGCUGAGGGGUUCUCCAGAGAGAACCUGCCUGGCAAAUGGCACCUGGCUGGGCACCCAACCUGAGUGUCACGUGAUUUCCUGUGGAAACCCAGGAACUCCACGGAACGCCCAGAUCCUGAUCCAUGAUGGUUUAACGUUUUCUAGAUCCAUUACUUAUGCGUGCAGGGAGGGCUACUACUCCAACUGUCUGCUCACCCGCCACUGCACUGUCAACGGGACCUGGACAGGAAACAUGCCUGAGUGUUCAUUAAUCAACUGUGGUGACCCUGGAGUGCCGGCCAAUGGGGUGAGGUUAGGGAAUGAUUUCACCUACAACCACACAGUUAGUUUCCAGUGUAACCCUGGUUUCACCAUGGACGCCGAUCGGGCUUCCACUCUUAUCUGCACCAAGGAUCGUACCUGGAACGGCACCAGACCACACUGCAAAGCAAUCGUAUGCGGUCCACCACCCAACAUCCCGAAUGGACAGGUUGUCGGUACAGACUUCAUCUGGGGCUCCAGCGUCAGCUACUCCUGCAACCAAGGUUAUCAGCUGUCCCUGCCCACUGUGUUAACAUGCCAGGGCAAAGGCAACUGGAGUGGAGAGAAACCACAGUGCUUUCCUGUGUUCUGUGGAGAUCCAGGGAUGCCAGCCCAAGGGAAGAGGGAAGACAGAGGGUUCACCUACUUGUCCUCUGUCUCCUUCUCCUGUUAUCCUCCUCUUGUCUUGGUGGGCUCCACCCGGAGAUACUGCCAGUAUGAUGGUACCUGGAGUGGCACCCAACCCUCUUGUAUAGAUCCCACGCAUACUACCUGUGGAGACCCUGGAACUCCUCUGUUUGGAAAUCAGAACAACAGUCAAGGCUACCAGAUAAGCAGCACAGUGUUCUUCAGCUGCAGAAAGGGCUACUUACUGCAGGGCUCGAUUUCUCGCACUUGUCUGCCUAACCUUACUUGGAGUGGUUUUCAACCUGAGUGCAUUGCCCACCACUGCAGCCAGCCGGAGCUGCCAGCUCAGUCUGAUGUGAGAGCCAUUGAACUGCCAUCCCUUGGCUACACACUGAUCUAUACAUGUCAGCCUGGCUUUUAUUUGGCUGGGGGAUCAGAGCACAGGACCUGCAGAUCAGAUGGGAGCUGGACGGGGAAACCACCCCUCUGUGCAGCUGAUCAUCGCCCAAGUGGUAAGAGUCCAGUGGGGACAGUGCAAGAACCACCCUCCAAAUUACCAGUCCCUGGUGGUGUAUUUGCUAAGAACUCUCUUUGGAGGGGGUCCUACGAGUACCUGGGCAAGAAGCAGCCGGCCAUGCUCAGCAUCACUGCCUUCGAGCCCUUUAGCAACCGGGUUAACGGGACACUCAUUGACCACAGCGGGGUGGAACUGAAACUGGCCGGUACAUAUAAGCGGGAGGAAGCCCAGCUGCUGCUACAGGUCCAUCAGAUCCGAGGCCCUGUGGAGAUCUUUGUUAACAAGUUCAAAAUAGACAACUGGGCCCUGGACGGACAUGUGUCCUACAUCUCUUCAUCCAAUGCCUUUGUGUACCAGGGAUUUGUCAGAGGGAAAGGCUUCGGCCAGUUCGGUCUCCAGAGACUAGAGAGUUUAGAUCCCGGCAGAGAAAACACGGCCUACAACUUCACCUCCAACAGUAGUUCAGUGGCAGCAGCCAUCCUAGUGCCUUUUAUAGCCAUGAUCAUUGCAGGCUUUGCUCUGUACCUCUACAAACAUAGGAGAAGACCCAAAGUCCCCUUCAAUGGUUAUGUGGGCCACGAGAACACCAACGGCCGAGCUACGUUCGAGAACCCCAUGUACGACCGCAACAUGCAGCCCACCGACAUCAUGGCCAAUGAGACAGAGUUCACAGUCAGCACAGUGUGCACAGCUGUAUAGCAACCGCUUCCUCCAGAGUGCAUUCAUCCUUGAUUCAGUUAGGGGAGGAGAAGUACACCACAUCUUUGCCUGCCUGCCAACAGAGGACAACCAUAGCUCCUUGAGCAGAGGGCAAGACAAAGAUCAUUUUAUUCGCCGAAAAACGUUCAAGAAACAUCUCCAGUGGCAAAAGGCUCUCCCCCCUCCUUCGCGGGAGACAAGAUUAAACAAAAAAAAAAGAAACCAUGUGAAGAUGACAGCAACUGAGACAAACGCCAACAACAAAAAUGCUUUUUUCAAACUUUACAUGGUUUCUUUGUCAUUUUUCCAUUUUUCGAGGAGAAUCUUCCACCUGGAACUGCAGCGGGCUGGAGGAAAGCUGAACGCAGAAGCUGUGAUGACUUUUCUCCCCGCCCUCCGUCUAAACCCAAAGGGAUUUUUAACGGUCAACUUUAAGUUAAGAAAUUGACCUGUAGCUAACGGACAUCUCUGUGCAAGUGAAGUGUACGGAGGACAGCCACAUGUAGGCCUGUGUGAAUCAGAGAGAGACAGUCUGGACUGUUUCAAAUGAUUCUUUUUUUUUUGUUUACCAUUUGUUUUAUGCUCUCUUUUUUUAUACACCGCUUGCGUUCUGUGAUGAGUAAUCGGGAACCCUUUUUUCUCCCCCCCAAGUGAGAAAUUUUUCAUCGGCUGCCACCAAGUCUGUGGCUGAGGAUGAAUUAAAAAUCUGUGAGUUUUGAAGGCCAUGUUGGACGUACCAUUACUUUUUUAUUACUUUUUUUUUUUUUUUUUGGCUUGACUCUGAUGAAAUUCUUCUUGCUGAGGCAGCUGCGUCCAGAGGAAGGGUUAAAAGGUAGCUAUGGCUGCUGGAAAAAAAGCACUUAAUGAGAUUUUACAGAAACAAUGUGUGUGCGCGAGGCAAAGUGUGCAUGUGUGUUUAUUUGUGCACACAUUUGUGGUGGGUGCAUCUGUAAUCUGUUCCUGAAAAUGUCCUGUCAAUAUCCUGCCCUAAAGAUUCAACCAGAUCCAGAACCAGUUUUUCCACACUGAUUUUAACUAAUGAACGUGAUGAAUCAGAUGACUAGAUAUCGCUUUAAAUCUGCCCGUAUGUUCAGCCAGUUCAAAUCAUCUUCACCCAGAACAAGUACUGAAAAUGGACUCAAUACCUCCUCCACACUGAGGCAGUUCAAAGGCCAGUUUGGAGCUGGUGCUACAUCUAGAAUUAACUCAGUGUUUUAACUACCAGAUAAACUUGUUCCAGAAACUAUGGAGGUUAAGAACAACAAGCUGUUUGAGUUUAUGAGCAACUGCAACCAACCAACUAAAACUUGGUGACCAACAUUAACAUAAAAAAAACAACA